CAGCCCAUGGAGCUGCGUCGGCCCGAGUCAACCGGGGAGCCCGUGGUGGUGUUCCUGCAGCCCAAAACCUCCCAGACUCCCGUGCUCUUCAGCUUGAUGAAUGCCAGUGAGGUGGCUGUGAAAAAAUUUUUACCCAAGAGUCACUUAUCCAGAGUGAUUAUUCGAGACAACCUCAGUGCCCAGCGAGUCUAUGAACUGGAGACGAGAGCAGCUGACAAAACCAAGAAGAAAAUGGCCCACCUCUAUGACCACCUGAAGAAGAAGUUCCUGACGGACCAGCUGAGGAAGCUGAACCGCUGGCGUCGGGAAGCACUGCCCAUUCAGAGAUACUUGGACAGCAUCCACAAGCACCACAAUGAGCUCCAGGUCCAGCCUAAGAAGAAAAAGGAGAUUCUGAAAAGCGCCAAGAUCAAGAAAAGCAUGCUCAAUACCUCCUAACCAGCACAGAAGGGUCCUAGUCUUGGGGAGGGGAUGAGGAGGAGCUGGGCUUCAGCCUCGCAGACCCUCCUGGAGAAUGCUUAACUAAACUUUCCUUUGGUUCUCUCUC